AUGGUGCCUCAAACCCAGCUUAGGAAAAAAAUCACAGCACAAUAUCAAAGAACCACAACCACUAAUAAUAAUGAGAAAAAGUUUGAGUGCCAAUACUGUUUGAAAGAAUUUACAAAUUUACAAGCACUUGGUGGGCACCAAAAUGCUCACAAAAAAAAGAGGAUGAAGAAGAAAAGGUUGCAGCUUCAAGCAAGGAAAGCCACCAUAAACUACUAUCUUCAACAGCCCAAUUUUCCAAACAACAAUCAUCAUGAUUUUUUUUACCAUAAUCAUAAUCAUAAUAACAGUAACACACCUUGGUUCUAUGAUCCUUCUUCUUACAACUACUAUUCUGACUUCAUAGUUUGUGAAAAAUCCCAAAUUAGCUUCAACCCCAAUAAUCAAGAUUCAAACUUUUUGGUCGAGAAAGCAUCAAAUAGUAAUUGGUAUUCAUCUCUACCAUCAUCAUAUCAAGCUGCUGCUUCUUCACAGCAAGAUUCUUGCAUAUUCAAUUUCUCUAAUACUAAUACAGAUAAUAAUAAUAAUAAUAAUAAUAAUAAUAAUAAUAAUAAUAAUAAUAAUAAUAAUAAUAAUAUGGCUUACAACAUUUUCAAGCCUUGCAACUUUCUUGAUUCUUCAAAUCAUCAAAUACAAAGCCAUGGUAGUAAUAACAAAGCUUUGGAUCUUCAAUUAGGCUUCAAUUUGCAGUCAAAUACAAGAGGGGCCUAA